GGAAAUCCUGUCUUUCACAGUCUGCUAGUUGUGAUUGGCUGUUUCCAGGAGGUCGCUAAGGGAGACGCAGGCGCGUCGCAGUGAAGCAUUGUGGGAAGGAGAAAGUAGAGUGUAAUUGUGAAUACGGGGCAAAAUGAAGAGGGUCUUCACUCUGUGUGAAAAAGCCUGGAGUGGAUCGUGUCUGCAGUACAGAUGGCAGAGAUCUUUAGGGAAUUAUCUGGCUGUUGCUGGUCCAGACAACUCUGUGAAGAUCUUCGACCGGCAUGGCCAGAAGAUCAAUGAGAUGAAUCUCCCUGGGAGAUGCAUUUCAUUGGACUGGGAUAAAGACGGAGACACCCUGGCCGUCAUUGCGGAAAAAUCCAACUCCGUUCACUUGUGGGACGCCAACGUGAACAGGACGUCACAGCUGGAUAGCGGCAUGAGAUCCGCAGAUCAGCUCACGUUUCUGCUGUGGUCUAAAACCGGGCCUCUGCUGGCAGUCGGGACCUCCAAAGGAAACCUGCUCAUUUAUAACCAGCAAACUUCACGCAAGAUUCCAGUGCUGGGUAAACACACUAAAAGGAUCACAUGUGGAUGUUGGAGUUCUCAGAACCUGUUAGCUCUGGGCAGUGAGGAUCACAAUAUAACCGUGAGCAACCAUGAAGGAGACACAAUCCGACAGACCUCAGUUCGAGCCGAUCCAGCUGAUAUUCAAUUCUCUGUGAUGAAGACAGACGAGAGGUCAACACCGGGAGAGAGCACUGUGAGUGUGGCAGUAGGGAAGGCGACUUUGUUCCUGUUUAACCUCAACGACCCGGACAACCCCAUCGAGCUGGCGUUCCAGGAGCGUUACGGCAACAUCGUGUCCUACCGCUGGUACGGCGAUGGUUAUAUAAUGAUCGGGUUCUCGCACGGUUACUUCGUGGUGAUCUCCACACACAUCCGCGAGAUCGGACAAGAACUUUUCCAGGCUCAUAAUCACAAAGACAGUCUGAACAGCAUCGCCAUCUCUCAGGCUCUUAACAAAGCUGCAUCGUGUGGGGAUAACUGUGUAAAGAUCCAUGACCUGACCGAUCUGAAGGAGAUGGACGCCAUCGUCACGCUGGAUGAGGAGACCAAAGGGUUGGACCAGAUCUGUUGGACGGACGAUGGACAGCUGUUGGCCGUGUCCUCUCAGCAGGGCAGACUGCACGUGUAUCUCACCAAGCUGCCCAUCCUCGGGCACAGCUGCGGCACACGCAUCGCCUACCUCACGUCUCUGCUCGAGGUCACCGUCGCUAAUCACGUAGAGGGGGAAGCUGCGGUUACUGUGGCAGUGGAAGUGGAGCCUAACUUUAUUGCGGUGGGACCAUACCACCUGGCUGUAGGGAUGAACAACAGGGCGUGGUUUUAUUCGAUGGGAGACAGAGGCGUGGAACGUCUCAAGGACACCGAAUAUCUGGGCACGGUGGCAAGUUUGUGUCUGAACUGUGAUUAUGCAGCGGCUCUGUUCGAGGGAAAGGUCCAGCUGCAUAUGAUUGAAGGUGAAGACCAGGAUGUGCAAGAGGACAGACAGACGAAGCUCUUUCCAGAUCCUGACCAGAAAUAUCGCAUCCUCAGCCACGCACUAUCCUCAGAGUUCCUCUUUUACGGAACAGAUAAUGGUCUGAUUCAGUGUUUCUACAUUGAGGACUGGCAGAGUGUAAACGAGUAUCGCCACCAGGUGGCAGUGCGCAAGGUUUUCCCCGACCCAAACGGAACACGGCUCGUCUUUAUAGACGACGAAAGCAAUGGAUUCCUUUACUCUCUGGUGGACGGCUCGCUUUUCGAGAUUCCCGACUUCUCCUCAACUAUAAUGGGUGUACUGUGGGAAAACUCUGUGAACGAUAAGUCCGUUUUCGUGGCGUUUGACGAAGACAAAGUGUACACUUACGCCUUCCACAAGGACACCAUACAGGGUUCCAAGGUGAUUCUUGCCGGUGCCACCAAACUGCCAUUUUCCCACAAGCCCUUGCUGUUGUAUAAUGGCGAAUUGACGUGCCAGACGCCGAGCGGCAAGACGAGCAGCACACUUCUGAACACACACUCUUUCCUCAACGUCACACAGAAGAGCAGCAGCAAAGAGCAGCUCCGGUCCCAGCUGCAGCAAGCCAUCAAGCUUAAGAGGUUCUCAGCGGCAUGGUCUUUGUGUUCAGCUCUGGGCGGUAUCGAGGGCUGGGCGGAGCUGGGCGCGGCGUGUCUUCAUCACAUGGAGGUGGAUUUGGCCAUUCGAGUGUAUCGCAGCAUGAGCAACGUGGGCAUGGUGCUGUCACUGGAGGACAUCAAGGGAAUAGAGGAUCAGAAUCUGCUGGCUGGACACCUGGCGAUGUUCUGUAAUGACUACAACAGAGCUCAAGACCUUUACCUGGCUUCUACGUAUCCGAUGGCAGCACUGGAGAUGAGGAGAGACCUGCAACAUUGGGACAGCGCUUUGCAGUUAGCGAAGAGGCUUAGUCCUGAUGAAAUCCCUUUUAUAUCUAAGGAAUACGCCAUACAGCUGGAGUUUGUUGGAGAUUACACCAAUGCUCUGGCUCACUAUGAGAAAGGCAUCACUGGGGACAACAAAUUCCAGGAGCAUGACGAGAGUUGUUUGGCUGGAGUUGCUCGCAUGUCUAUCCGGAUGGGAGACAUCCGCAGAGGAGCCGUCCAGGCCAUCAAACACCCGAGCAAAACGCUGAAGAAAGACUGCGGCGCCAUUUUGGAGAGCAUGAAGCAAUAUUCGGAGGCGGCACAGCUGUACGAGAAAGGCCAGUACUACGACAAGGCUGCGUCCGUCUACAUUCGCUGCAAAAACUGGGUGAAGGUCGGAGAGCUGCUUCCCCAUGUGAGCUCGCCCAAAAUUCACCUGCAGUACGCUAAGGCCAAGGAGGCGGACGGAAAAUACAAAGAGGCCGUCUUGGCCUACGAGAGCGCCCGGGAUUGGGACAGUGUGAUCCGGAUCCUCUUGGAGCAUUUAAAUAAUCCGGAGGAGGCAGUCAGGAUCGUGCGGGAAACCCAGUCCAUUGAAGGAGCCAAGAUGGUGGCCAGGUUUUUUCUGCGCCUGAGUGAUUAUGGCUCAGCCAUCCAGUUCCUGGUGAUGUCACAGUGCAGCGAUGAGGCCUUUCAGCUCGCCCAGCAGCACGGCCAGAUGGAGGUGUAUGCUGACAUCAUCGGAUCCGAGGCCAGUAUGGAGGACUACCAGAGCAUCGCUCUGUAUUUUGAGGGAGAAAAGAAUCAUCUUCUGGCUGGGAAGUUUUUCCGGAAGUGUGGUCAGUACAGCAGGGCGCUGAAACACUUUCUAAAGUGUCCCAACACUGAUGAUAAUGUGGCUAUAGAAAUGGCGAUUGAGACGGUAGGAGAAGCUAAAGACCAGGCUCUGAGCAAUCAGUUGAUCGAUUACCUCAUGGGAGAGAGUGACGGAAUACCGAAGGACGCUAAGUAUCUAUUCCGGCUGUACAUGGCGGUUAAACUCUACCGGGAAAGUGUGAGGACGGCCAUCAUCAUCGCCAGAGAAGAGCAGGCAGCAGGUAACUACAGAAACGCCCACGAUGUCCUGUUUAGCAUGUACAUGGAGCUUCAGAAUAAUAAUAUUAAGAUCCCAGCUGAGAUGGUUACCAACCUGAUGGUACUACACAGCUACAUACUGGUGAAGAUACACGUGAAGAGAGGAGACCAUCUGACAGGAGCGCGCAUGCUGAUCCGAGUCUCGAACAACAUCAGCAAAUUCCGUACACAUGUUGUUCCAAUCCUGACGUCAGCUGUGAUUGAGUGCCAUCGUGCGGGUAAAAAUUCCGCUUUCAGCUUUGCAGCGAUGCUGAUGAGCGAAUACCGCAGCCAGAUUGACCCCAAAUACAAGAAGAAGAUCGAGGCCAUGGUCCGUCGUCCCGAUACGUCGGAGGUGGAGGAGGAGAACUCUCCCUGUCCAUACUGUGGCUUCAGCCUACCUGAGUGUGAGUUGCUCUGCCCCGGGUGCAAAAACAACCUGCCCUACUGCAUUGCUACGGGUCGUCACAUGCUGAAGGAGGACUGGUGUGUGUGUCCACACUGCAGCUUUCCUGCUCUGUACUCCCAGUUUACACAGCUGUUAGAGACCGAAUCGAUGUGUCCCAUGUGCUCUGAGAAUGUGAGCGUGAGUCAGCUGAAGAAGAUCUCAGACUGCUCCAAAUAUUUACAGCAGGACCUGCAUGAGCCCUGACACACACACACACUUUCUUACACACUCUCUCUCUU